AGAUUAAUUUUCAAAUGAAAAUUAUUUAUUUAAUUAUUUUAUCAAAUGGUUAUUAUUAUUUUAAAACUAAGGCAUAUGGCAAUAAAUAUUAAUCAUUAUUUUCAAAUUGUUUUGUUGUUGAUUAAUUAAAUUGUGACCGUGUGACCUCAUUCAGUGGGUCUCUAUGUCAUUGUCCUAUCAUUCCAUCGCGCAGCUCCAAAACCGACAAGUUUGAAACUGUGUCAUGUUGGGGUGGUUACUACCAGGUAUUUUUUUGAGCUCACUGAUCUCAGUUAACAAGUAACAACCCCAACUUGUCGAGAUAGGUCUCUACUAUUAUUUUUUUUUGUCAAAUUGAAAAAGCUAUUUAAAAUGUUCAACUUGUAUCAAACGUUGAAUAAAAAAGAAGAAGGUGAUAGUCCACGUCGUCGUGUGUCUGAUGUAACUGGUCAUGACAGAUUUUAUCAAGAACGUCCACGUUCAAGACGUAAACGUCGUCCAAUAAGUAGACGUACAAGAAGUGCAACUGAAUUUGAUUCAGAUGCAAUGGUAACGGCACGUUCAACAAAUGCAUUUACACGACGUAAUAGAAGUGCCAGUAUUGAAAGUACAGAUGACAACGAUGAUGGUUUUCAGCUGACAAAUAAAAUUGAUAGUCUUGCUAAAAUUUUGUUUAAUCGAGUAUCUGUUGCUAAAGCCAACCGGGACAAUGAAAUUAAAAAUGGUAAAAAUCAGUACGAAUCAUUGGAUCAAGGUGCCAGUAUUCGAAAUGAUUCUGGAGAAUGCAUGGAACUAGAAAUACGAACAAGAACACGAGCUUUAGUAAUUUGUGAAAUUUACACUCAACGAACUGAUCGCUACAGUGUCAUCAAACAAUUAGCACUACUUGGCUCAAGAAUUGAUAAAAAUUGGUUUGCUGUUCGUGACACACUAUUAAAAACUGAUAGGAUCUUGACAAUGGUACCAUUGAAUCGUUUUUGUCCAGUAAUUGUAACUCCGUCCACUCGAGAAAUAUUAAAUAAACUAUUUCUGGCACUUCAACAUCCAUAUGUCUGUCCAGUUUUUGAUUCUGAAUUCAUUGACUUUGAGUCAAACAAGUUCAUUAUUAUGGUUCAGCCAAUCAAUCAAGGUAGUCUCAAAGAUUUAAUUUAUGGAAUCGAAAAAAAUUGUUGGAAUGCUGAUUGGGGUGUUAAGUAUGCUUCAAGAGGUUCUGGUCUUGUUCUACAUCAAAUUCAACGUCUUGGUCGUCAAGUACUUGAGGCAUUGAUAUUUUUACGCGAACGAGGCUUUCCAACAGUAACACAUCUUCAUUCAGGAAAUGUUUUAAUUCAAAAUGGUGUUGCUAGAAUCACUGGUCUUGAAAAUUCACUUUUUGGAUUCACUAGUCGAGUUCAUUCGGUUAUAACAUCAAAAUAUGUACCAAAAAAUUCAGUUGAUUGUGUUUGUUUUGGCCAUAUGCUGUUUGAAAUGUGUACUGGAUAUGAACUUUGCUCAUUUCAACCAUCACCAAUUCAUAUGGCUGAUUUAGAUAAAUAUCCACUGGUCGCAGACUUGAUGAAACUUAUAUUCAAUCAACCUGGGUAUUACCCGAGUAUUGAAGAGCUGUUGAUACAUGACCUUUUUCGAAAUAUCGAUCUGCGCGAAAUGCGACAUGCGCCAGCGACAAUGUUUGCACCAAUUGUGACACCAUCAAUUGUCGGACUUUUGGAAGGUGUUAAGAGACAUAAUAGCGCAAGGUCUAGCUAUGUAAAUAGAGAACUAGCUUAUUAGAAUGUGAUUAUAUGGUGGAAAAAUAUGACUGUCAAUGAAUAAUAAACGAUAUACCGAUCACUGCUUAUUAAAAAUGGAACUAUGUGUCUUUAAAAAAAAGUCAAAAAACAUAUCUAAUGG